AAGGUUACUGCAAUAAAGGGGAAGUCAAUUUGUGCAGGCAUUAUUUAAGUGGAGCAAAAGGAGAGCUUAUGACAAAGUACUUGUUUAUUUUGAGAAAGAAGAGACAUAAGAUAACUGCACAUCGAAAUGGCCUUCAAAGGUGUAUUCUUGACAAUUACGGCGCUAGUGAUGGCUGCAACAGUAAUAGGUACUGCUGAAGAAGAUCAAUGUUACAACGAUUGCCUUAAUCAAUGUCCUCAAGGGCCUGAGCUGUUGGCAUGUGAUUUACAAUGUCAAAUUAGGUGUUAUCAUAUCACGGCCUCGUAUGUCAAGCUGGGCUGUUUGAUUAGAAAUUGCGAACAAAGCUUUAAAGAUGGUAAUCAAGUCGAUCCUUCUGAGAGAAGGGAGGACGAGGACGGCCGUGGCGGGUUGGGGUCCAGGGCCUCCAGGUUGUCGUGGACGAGGUCGCUGAGUGUGGCGUCCUGCAGUAUCGAUACCAGGUGUUUAGAGUUUCACUCGGCGUCCUGGGACUUCUCAGAUUCUGCGGCAAGUUUUUACGAGUUUCUGAUGCACCGACGUGCCAACGAUCUGCGGGUUUUCUCGUUUGCUGAGCUGAAAUCGGCUACGCGCGGGUUCAGUAGGACGCUGUUGAUUGGGGAGGGAGGAUUCGGUUGUGUUUACAGAGGUGUCGUUAUGAUUCCUGAUGAAGCAAACGGCGGUGCUGAGGUGAAGAUGGAUGUUGCCAUUAAACAGCUGAACCGCCAUGGUUUCCAGGGGCAUAACGAAUGGAUUAAUGAAGUGAACUUCUUGGGGGUGGUGAAGCACCCAAAUCUUGUAAAGUUGGUGGGAUAUUGUGUAGAGGAUGAUGAGAGAGGAAUUCAACGGCUUUUAAUCUAUGAACUUAUGCGAAACAAAAGCUUGGAGGAUCAUUUGUUGGCUCGGGUUCACUCGCCUCUUCCAUGGAUGGCUAGAUUGAAAAUUGCUCAAGAUGCUGCCCGGGGUUUGGCAUAUCUGCAUGAAGAAAUGGAUUUUCAGCUAAUAUUUCGAGAUUUCAAGACAUCAAAUAUUCUACUAGAUGAGGACUUCAAUGCAAAACUUUCCGAUUUUGGAUUGGCCAGGCAAGGACCACCAGAAGGACAAAGCUAUGUUUCCACAAUAGUUGUGGGCACAGUAGGUUAUGCUGCUCCAGAAUAUGUGCAAACUGGCAGGCUAACUGCUAAGAAUGAUGUUUGGAGCUUUGGGGUGGUUCUGUAUGAGCUUCUCACAGGAAGGCGAGCAGUGGAGGGAAACUUGCCACGCAGUGAACAGAAGCUCUUGGAAUGGGCAAGGCCUUACACAUCAGAUCCAAAGAAAUUUCACCUUAUCGUAGACCCUCGACUUGAAGGACAAUAUUGCAUCAAAUCAGCUCAGAAACUGGCAUCCCUGGCAAACAAAUGCCUAAUGAAAAACCCUAAGUCUCGCCCUAAAAUGAGUGAGGUGGUUGAUAUUCUAGGAAACAUCAUUUGUGAGAGUUCAUCUCAAGAUGAGGGUGCCCCACAAUCCGUCAGUGAAGCAGAUGAUGUUAAAGGAGAAAGUGAAGUAGAGAUUGAGUCUGAGUCGACAAACCAAGAAAAUAGUUAUCGAAAGAAGGUAUUUGAUUUCAGAGAAAUGGUUAGCUUUAGAAAAAAUCUAUUGGGAAGUUAGAUUGGAGAAAUUGGACUCCUGGCUUGGUAAGGACUUCGUAAGCUUUCCAGCCUCUGCUAAUGAAAUAAAUUCAAAUGCAUUUUGAAUUGCCAGAUGAAUUCAUCACAUUCUGACAACUAAACAACGACACAGCUAUACAUGUUGACACUCAUUGAACAAACGAGAGUAUCUCACCAAUUCAUUUUUGUUUGGAAGUUAGAUGUACAUAUAGCUGAAAGGAAUACUGCACUCAGUACGCAUGGUGAGGCACAAGAUCUUGUUUU